CAGCCAGAGAAGAAGAGUAAAUAAGGAAGUGCAGACUGAACAUGAAGCUAUGCUCCGGCAGCUGUCAGGACAGAAACAAUCACACAGUUAGAUCACAGUCAAAGCUGACAAUGCGAUGGGAAACUGCUGGGCUUACUGCACUCAGCUCUUCAGCCGGGAAGUCAGCAGGAUCCAGAAAGGAGGCGGGUCAAAAUACUUCAGAAGCACCACAGCAGGAGAACAUUAUACAAUAGAGUUUGAAAAUCUGGUAGAAAGUGACGAGGCUGAAAGCCCACAGCCCUGCCCAAGACCCAUCAGUGAAGAUGAGCUCAAUCAUCUCAAGGAACAUUGUUAUGCUGCCAUUUCAGACAAGCAGGUCCUCAUCGACCAAAAGCUACAAGCCGAGUUAGAGGCACAAGAGCAGAUGUUGAGGCUAGAAGAAGAGGCUAGAAUUGGCGCCCAGCGUGAGGCCGCCAGGCUGGCUCGUGAACGAAAACUGAAGGAGCAGCUGCCUGCCCAGAGGACACAAGGGAAAACACGUAGCUCUGGCAGUGAAACGCAGCAGAAAAAACAAACCUCUGGAGAGAAUUUUGAUGUUUACCUGCAAAAUGUUAGAGCCCAGUCUGAGGCCUUCAGGAGCAACAGAAUCAAUCGUGCACUUCCUGUCUGGGAGCGGUCACGGACCGAGGAGGACAUCCUGCAGGCGUCUCUGAAGCCUGGCAGCAGGCAGGUGAACAGCGGGCCCACCUCGGCCUCUGAUGACUCCAACGCUCUGGAGUGGGAGAAUGAUUUUGUGAGUACUCACCCAGAGGACGCUGAGUUUGAAGGGUUUGUCAACCCCGUCCACGACACCCCUGUGGACGAUGUCCCGGACUGCAGCCUCAUGUUGGACAAUCAGGACAGAUAGUGACUAGCACCAAAGGAAAUAUUUACCGUGGCCUCACCAGCUUUUUGCCUCAUGAAAUGGAAAUGUAUCUACAUGUUCCUCUUUUCUGUAAACUGUCAUGCUGCAAGAUAAUGUGCUGGAACUCGA